CCCUGGAGGCUGCUGUUGAUUGUGAACCGCACUUGGAUAGCCAUGGAAGAACUCACGGCGUUCGUGUCGAAAUCCUUCGGUCAGAAAAGCAAGGAGAGCAGCAAAGAGAGCAUCACGUACAAGGAAGUUUUGGAGAGUGGUUUAGCCCGAGCCAGAGAGCUGGGAAACUCGGAGACCAACCUUCAGGAGAUUACAGAAACCAACAACAACCAUUGUGCGGUACACCGUUACAAGGAGCACGUAGAGCUGGAAAAGGAGAAAUUGAAGGAGUUUAACGUGACACGGGCUACUGACGGAAUUUAUGAGUGUAAAGACAAGAAAGAGGAUGUGAAGUCAGAGGACGAGGACGCACAGAGUAAACUGAAGCAGAGACGGAGCAGGACAAAUUUUACCUUAGAGCAGCUGAAUGAACUGGAGCGCUUAUUUGAUGAGACGCAUUACCCGGACGCCUUCAUGCGGGAGGAGUUGAGUCAGAGGCUGGGGCUGUCAGAGGCCCGCGUGCAGGUAUGGUUUCAGAACAGAAGAGCGAAAUGCCGAAAACAGGAAAAUCAAAUGCACAAAGGUGUUAUUUUGGGCACCGCCAGUCACCUGGACGCGUGCAGGGUCGCUCCUUACGUGAAUAUGGGCGCGCUAAGAAUGCCAUUUCAACAGGUCCAAGCUCAGUUACAGUUGGAGGGGGUCGGAACGCACUCCCAUCCUCACCUGCACCCACACCUCGCGGCCCACGCUCCCUAUCUGAUGUUCCCGCCCCCGCCCUUUGGAUUACCAAUCGCAUCGCUGGCAGACUCGGCCUCUGCGGCGGCCGCCGUGGUAGCGGCUGCCAAGAGCAAUAGCAAGAACUCCAGCAUCGCUGACCUGCGACUCAAGGCAGGACUUCUUGGAGGCCACUGGCUCAGCCCUUUCCAGGCACAGAUCACAGCCCCAGGACCAUACAAAAAUGUCUGGAUGUCUGUCUGAAAACCAACUAGGAGAGAAGACUUUAAAAAGGCAGACACAGAGUGAGGCUAGAGGUUGUGUUUUAUGGACAGACACUGAAACUUUGGAAUCUCAACCUCAAAGUGAAAAGAAAGAGACGGCCAUAUUUGCCUCCUACCACUGUGCCGCUGCCUAGUGCACGUGCUCAAAUGAAGGAUAGACCUAUUGGGGCUGGCCUCCAUUGUAACUGACAUACAUCUAUGUUGAUCACUGCCAUGAUAAGCCUCCGCUACAAUUCAUAUCUAAAGCCAUUAUUUGCAUUUUUGAAAUUUUUUUUU